UACGCAGUGAAAUAGAGUUAUAACAAAAUUAUAUGUAUAAAAUUAUUCACAGUCAUUGAAGAAUUAUGUUUAUUACACUGACUUACUGAAGAAUUACUGUUUUAUAUUCUGGCAUAUUCAGGAUUUUGAUAGUGCCAGACUAGCAGGUUUUCUGGACUACUGGAUUUUACCAAAACACACAUAUACAUGUAUUUCACUCUGGUUUUGCUUGUCACACAGUAGUGUAAUUAUUUUUCAGUGAACUUUGUAAUUAUAAAGGGAGCAUGGGAAUUAGGGCCCAGGAAGCUGAAAGGGAGUGUGGGGAACUGGGGUCAAAUGAGUACAAGGAGGCAGGAAAAUGGGGCCCAAUUGAGUUGAAAAUGUACAUGGUGAGCCAGAUGCUGAACCAUUAGGAUUAUUGAAUUAUCUAUAUCGUAUGAUAUUUCUACUAUGACCUGAUCACUAUAGAUAGACUUAAAUUUAAUAGCUGAACAAAGAUACAGAACUGCAGAGGGUAGAAACAUUAGUAUCCAGAACCUGUAGCACCAGCCAAUAUUGAUAUUCCUUCUAUUAAAUUUCACAGAUCCCAAUUUCCGGAGAGGUGAGGCUGGUGGUUAUUCAGGAAAAGAAAAAAAAAAUGCAAGGGUGGGAUGAAGAUGUGACAUUCUUCACCAGCCUCCUUCAAAAGAAAGCGAGAAAGAGAAAGGCUUACAUUAAUACAGCCUCUCCUCGGUCAGUCUCAAAUGCAUUACGGUCAGAGCUUUACAACAUAGUCAGUUUAUGCAUAGCAAGUUCCCACUAAGGGCACUGUGAAAAUGACAAGAUGGACUGUUUUCGGAUACAGUACUCAGUCCGUUCGUCUCUGUUUCAUCCAUUCUGUACGUUUCUUGGGAUUUCGAUUUAAGUUCCAGUUCCACUGGGUUGUGUUGGCUCAUCAAGGGAAAUUCUAUCAAUAAUACACAGGUCCUAGGCAGAAUUCAAAGACCAGUUCUAAAAUCUUGCUUUUAAUCUUUUUACCAUUAAAAAAUUAAACCUUUCUUUGAAACCACAUGCCCGUGUCACAUUCAGUGUCAAACCUUUCCUGUUAUGUUCCUGCAAAGCGCCUUGAAGACAACGCUGACUUUAAGCAUGCAGCCCGCCAGUUAUCUGCCCCAGAGAGCGUCCUGGGUCUCACAGGGCGCUAAGCAUUCAAAUCUUUACUGCGUUGCAGGUGCAGUGUAUAUCGGUGUUACCCGUUUUAAAUAACUUUUCCUUUUUUACAGCAGGUCCGCGCUUCACCCCUCCCCCAGAAAUUUUAAUCUGAAAGAGAUAAGUCGACUUUAUGAGCAGUUUACGGAAAGGUUCAAAGAUCGCCAAAUAGCUGCUCUGAAUUUGCUCAGAGGGCUACGAUAAGGAUUUAUGCGCUGAUAGCUGAUGUUUGUUUUGCUCAUAGUGAAACAUUCAAUGAACACCAGAAUAACUUUAAAUAACCAAUUGCCCCGUAAGGUAAGGGAAGGGAAAAGGCACAGACUUCUAGUUCAAAACCAGACUACUGAUGCCCGGUUUAGAGUUUCAAUGUUUCCAGACAACGUACUUUGAAAAUCUGUACGAAUGCCAACCUUACGUAAACAUUCUCCCUUACCCUUUGACAGUAACCCCAAUUACAUUCACUGCCCCUUUGAAGUUAUCUUGCGAUUGAAGGGUGCUUUAAAGGAGGAAUUGGGUCAAUCGAGGAAGAUUUAGUGCGCUAAUACUUUAAAAUUACUUUGAGUUUUGCUUAAAACAAAAUGUGCGAAAAGCUCCUUCAAAGUAGUAAAACUCAGUACGUGGUAAUACUUUCAUCCAGUCAGUGAACUCAGUCACCUAGUCUUUUUUUAUUGGUUAAUAAAAUAGUAAGUGGGUCUUUUUUGUUGAUUGGGUGCUUGAUUGGUCCAUGGGGAAGUUGGGCGGGAACUAUCGGGAAGCGCUAAGGCGCGUGAUUGGUCCUCAUACGAUAGGUGGAGCUACGCUCUCAAUUUCUUCGAAUUGUGAAGGGCAGAGCGUCCUCCUCGUGGCUGUUGAUUGGUACAGAAAGAUCACGGGAGGCGGGGUUUCAGUGACAGGUGCACUGCGAUUGGCGUACACUGGCACAGAAGUGUAGAUUGACAGGAAGAGGACUGAGCUUUACCUUAGCUACAUUGUGUUUUCAAAAAAAGUAACAAUCUGAUAGCGGAGCCGUAAGUGGAGCGAAGAGAAAGGCACCGAGAGAGGAAGGCACUGUUUCCCGGUUAAGCAACCGGAGUCCAAGGAGCUGUACAUUCGGAUAGAGCAAAGAGGGAACACAACAAAAACAGCACGAAUGAGAUUUUCCUCGUUUGUUUUCAAGAGCGGCGGCUUCGGAUGUUGGCAUACACACUUCACCUGAACUCCCUUCUCCCCUUAUCGCGCCAGUCAUGUCCGAGUGUGGUCAGGUGUGGCCUUGUUUAAUUUUGCCGGGAGAGGGGGAACUGGGGCUGUAAAACUCCGGAGGCAGAGAAUUCGAGGGCCGGUAUCAGAAGUCGGCUGGAUCCUUGUCUUUUAAUCUGGAUAUUAUGGCUUGUCGCGUGCAAGAGCCCUCAGCCCUGGUCGGCGUCUGUGUUUGUCUCGUGGGGUUGGUGGGGGUCACCCUCUGCGCUUCCAAGGCAAUGGUCUGCCAAGAGAUUACGGUGCCCAUGUGCAAAGGCAUUGGCUAUAACCAUACCUACAUGCCCAACCAGUUCAACCACGACAGUCAAGACGAAGCGGGGCUCGAGGUGCAUCAGUUCUGGCCUCUGGUAGAGAUUCAAUGCUCCCCGGACCUCCUCUUCUUCCUGUGCAGUAUCUACACUCCCAUAUGCCUGGCGGACUACAUGAAACCAUUGCCACCUUGCAGAUCCGUCUGCGAAAGAGCCAAAUCCGGCUGCUCCCCACUGAUGAGACAAUAUGGUUUCGCUUGGCCUGAAAGAAUGAACUGCGACAAGCUCCCGGUGCUCGGAGACCAAGACAACUUGUGCAUGGAUUACAACAGGUCCGAGGUGACCACUGUAUCGCCCCCGUUCUUAAAGCCCACCGUUGCGCCCAAGGUUUUGGGCGGCAGCAAAAACGCCCGACCCUCCUGGGCAUAUCCUGGAAAGCAACCCGCAUCAUCAGCAGACUGCCCUGGGAAAUGUAACUGCAAAGACCCUCUGAUCCCGAUCUCCAAAGAGAGUCACCCACUCUACAACAAGAUCAGAACCGGUCGGCUGCUCAACUGUGCUUUCCCAUGUUACCAGCCCUUCUUCAACAAGGACGAGAGGACUUUCGCAACCUUGUGGAUCGGCCUGUGGUCCGUCCUGUGCUUCAUCUCCACGUUCACCACCGUGUCCACCUUCCUGAUUGACAUGGAGAGGUUCAAGUACCCAGAGCGGCCCAUCAUCUUCCUGUCCGCCUGCUACCUCUUCGUGUCCAUGGGCUACAUCGUCCGGCUGGUAGCCGGCCACGCCAACGUGGCCUGUAACAAGGACUACCACCACAUCCAACACGACACCACCGGCCCCGCCCUCUGCACCGUGGUCUUCCUGCUCAUCUAUUUCUUCGGCAUGGCCAGCUCCAUCUGGUGGGUCAUCCUGUCCUUUACCUGGUUUCUCGCCGCGGGCAUGAAGUGGGGCAACGAGGCCAUAGCGGGCUAUUCCCAGUACUUCCACCUGGCCGCGUGGCUGAUUCCCAGCGUCAAGUCCAUAGCUGUACUGGCGCUGAGUUCGGUGGACGGGGACCCGGUGGCCGGCAUCUGCUACGUGGGCAACCAGAACUUGGACAACCUCCGGGGGUUUGUCCUAGCUCCUCUGGUGGUCUACCUGCUCACGGGCACAACCUUCCUGUUGGCCGGGUUUGUCUCCUUGUUCAGGAUACGGAGCGUCAUCAAGCAGGGGGGCACCAAAACCGACAAACUGGAGAAGCUUAUGAUUCGAAUAGGGAUCUUCACAGUGCUCUACACCGUCCCGGCCACCAUAGUCGUGGCUUGCUUCAUCUACGAACAGCAUUCUCGGGAGAGCUGGGAGACGGCGCUCAGCUGCCCCUGCCCGGGAGCCAGAGAUUACCCCAGACCCGAGUACGCCGUCUUCAUGCUCAAGUACUUCAUGUGUCUGGUGGUAGGCAUCACCUCCGGCGUCUGGAUUUGGUCCGGCAAGACCCUGGAGUCGUGGAGGCGGUUCACAAGUAGAUGCUGCUGGCCUAGGAAGCUGACCAGCGGCUCCAUGUACACUCAGGCAAGCACAGCCUUGACGGCCCGGACCGGAGCCAGCGGUUCGGCAGCUUAUCACAAGCAAGUGGCGCUCUCGCACGCCUGAUGCUGGGGUGCACGCGUGCAUAUACAUAUUGUAAAUAAAUAGACGUAUAUUAUAUAUUUAUCCCGAGGUACUUCUACCUGAAGAAGUGUUUAUCUGGUGAGUCUUACACUGUGGCUUGUAUUUGUUGAGUUUCCGAACUGUCAUCUUCAGAGACCCGGUUCCCAGUCUCUGGUAACCGAUUAUUUAAAUCUCCGUGGCGGGGCUGUGUUUCAGUUUGGGGUGAUUAAAACAACCCGGAGGAACUCAUUUUUACCCGGGUUUACAACCCGCCAGAUUUACGCCCAAUUCACUCUCAAGGAGUUGGUUUGAAGAGAAUUUGCCCCCCCCCCCCGCUCACCCAAUUGCUUUGAUUAACAACCUGUGUCUGUUAACAGACUGGGACGACGAGGUGACCCAGCGCCUGGGUCCUCUCGUCCUGGUUAACCGGAGUACAGUGUUUGAGUAGAAGGGAAGACUGAUGCAAAUCUCCAGGCCGUUCCUGACCAUUAGACUCAAUGCUGGUAGAAAAUUAAUUGGGCGGGAGGUCUCUCCCGCUGUCAUCUGGUCUGGAGACCCUAUUAAAAAAAAACAGUGGGGUUUGGUGGGUGUAACGUCUGACCCGUCUCCGUCGGAGGGACUAGUGGGUCAAAGGCCAUUCGGUGUUUGGGCUGGCAGGCAAGGUGGGGUCGACAGUUCUGAUGGUUAAAGUGCAGACGGUCCCGGGAGGAAAGACAAGGGACAAAGGAAGCAGGGGCGGGCGUUAUUAAGGUGUAGCUGAAUGGUUCACUUUCAAACAGGUGAAAUUGCGAGCUCCCGCUGAUCAGAGCCAAAUUCCAGCCCAACCCCCACUCUAAACCGAGCCAGCCUGGUCUGAAGGCAUUGUGCUCGCCACUUACUAGAGAAAGGGCCAGUGAGCUCCAGCGUCAGGGAAAGCACAAAACACAAUUCAGUCAACAGGUGAACUACAGCCACCGGAGCAGGAAGGAGACUUUUCACUGCAGCUGGUUUUAAUCGGGGUGGUUUUUGCUUUGUAAAUGUGACCACAUUAUCUGAUGAAAAGGUGAGCAAGAGAAAAACAACAAGCAAUGAUCAAAAGCAGAGCAUAUCAUGACAAUUGUAUCCUCCUGUCAGGCUGUUCCUGUGGUGUCCAGCAUUCUCGCUAGUCUUUUGUUAAGCGUUAAUGCUGAAUGAACUUUAUGAUCUACUUGAGGUUGUUCGUGGGUUGGUCAGGCCUGCUAGACUGGGCACUGGAUGGACUAGCUUGCACCCUUCCCUGCACUCCAUCUUUUCCAUCAAAAUGAUAAUCCACUUUUAGUUUGGACAACACUAAAUGGUUUCUUGCAGCUGCAGGCACCUUCCAACAUGGGUUAAAAGUUCAGGGAGGCACUUCAUUGAAUUUCCCAUCUAAUUAUUCAUCAGUCAGAGGGAAAGGGACAUCCUAUCUCAGUCUUUUAAAUGCUGCAAAUUUAUUUGCCUCUACCACAGCCCUAGGCAGCGUGUUCCACACACAUACUAGAUAUGUAAAAAAUCUACCUCCAGCAUCCCCCCGCUUUUCUCCAUCAGAUUCACCCACUCAAGGCAAUUCACAGCAGUCAGUCAGCCUACUAUUGGGAUGAGGGGGUGAAAUGGAGCACAUGGAGGAAAUACACAUGGUCACAGGGAGAAUGUGCAAAUUUCACACACACAGCACAUGAAGUCAGAUCUGCUAGCUGCCUACUAAUUUAGGAGGAACAUUUCUAUGGGACAGGAUAGUCAAGUCUGUAUGUUGUACACCCAAACAGUGCAAAUCUACACUUUUAAGCUGUGAUCAGAAUCACAGCUGGGCUGAGCAUUUAUCCUGGAUGAAGUAUUGACCCAGGCAAUAUCCUUCUUCAGACUACAGUAUUUAACUUCAAAGGCAUCACACUAAUCCCGGUCUCAUAUGUAUGAUUCCUCAGAAAUAUUUUACACUUUUUUUCCAGUUCUCUAUGAUUUUUUAAAUUCUGGCAGAAAUGCAGUUACAAAUGUUUUCAGCUUAUUUCAUUUCACUCUGGAAAUUCAAGCUGUUCUGGUCACAAGUCCCCAUUGCAAUUUCUGUUUCCAGGGAACAGGGACUAAUAUUGUCCCCCAUGAAAUGAUCCUUUUGGGAUGUGUUGGGGGAAACAGGUCCACAUUGGCCUGACAGGGUCUUGAGCCAAAGACAAAAUGGAUGUGUGAGUUUCCUUUACAACUAAACAUCCUGCAGAUUCCACCUCAUCAGUAUGGUUGGCUGGAAGGGGGCAAUGGAGUUCCCAGUGAGGGGUCAAUUUCCCAACUCAAUUCCCAAUGACUCUUCACUUAAACUUCAGAAACAUCUGUAUGGGCUCCAAUCCGCCAACGGCCCCUCCCAAUCUCUGCAACCUCUGCCAGCCCUAUAACACUCUCUGCUUGUUUUCACCACUACAGGUGUAUCUUCACCUGCAUGGUUCCUGAACUCUGAGACUGUGUGUCAAUGUCUUUAAGACAUUUGCUACAAUCCAACUUUUUGACCACAAGUCCCAAUAUGUCCACAAGUGUUUUGGCUUCCUUCCCGUGCGUAACGAGGCACAGAAAGCAUAUGCCAUGCUUACAAUGUCAAGGGCAUGAUGUAAAUGCAGUUUCUUGCAGAAUGUCAAUAAUGAAUGUCAGACACAGUCCCGGUCUUGCCCUGCUCAAUUUUAAGGAUUCCAUAUAAACAAAAAGGAGACACUCUCAAGAAGUCACACACACAUACACACAUAGAGACUAGCAUACAGCUUUAUCUAAGCAGAGAUGAUAUCCCUUUAAAUUAAAGUCUUCAGAAAAAUAACAGGCCAUAACUUACCUUGUGAACUUGCAUAUUCUAGUCUUUACUACUGUGGUUGCAGUGUGCAUGCACAUCUUUUAUUUGAGCGUGUUCCUGUCUCACUUACUCUCAUAUUUGAAUUUAGUGACCCAGUAGAAGUUCAUUUGGCCCAAGCUGCCUGUGUUAGCCCAUUUAAUCCCAUUGCUCACGCUCUGUUCUUGUUAUCUUUGAUGGCUGUUCCUUUCCAUGUAUGCAAUUGAUUCCAAGACUGACCCUUUGAACAGCAUGAUUGAAACAGAUCAUUAUCUGGUCAUUAUUGUGUCCUAAAUGUGCGAGCCUGCUUACGGACUUCCUUGGCUGUCAAAGAAUUUCAGACAUUUCAAAAAAUUCAAAUUAUUUCUUAAACAUAGGAGAUUAUGCUGGAAGUCCAGAGUAACACACACAAAAUACUGGAGGAACUCAGCAGGUCAGGUGGCAUCUAUAGAGAUGAUCAAACAGUCCACAUUUUGGGUUGAGCUCCUUCAAUGGUCAAUAGACACCUUCCAGAAGCUUCAACUCUUUGUUUCUUUCCAUAGCUGCUGCCUGACCUGCUGAGUUCCUCCAGUAUUUUGUGUGUGUUACUCAGAUUAUUUCCUUUAGAGGUUAUGAAUGGCCAUAAACCUACUGACUUUUUAAGUUAUCCCAGAAUCUGUUUCUAUGAUUGGUGAAGGCAAAGUAUUUUGAUGCUGUUAUAUAAGGUUGAUCAUCAUGGUGCCAGUGAUCAGUAGUUAAUUGAAUUGUUUAAGUCGCAUUUAGGUGGAGAGGUUCAUCUGAUGGUUGAGUGGUCCUACCAGUAAGACUCUGCGGCAUGAAAGAAGGAAAGGUUUGCACAUUUUACGUUUUUUCCAUGGUCUCCAGUUGUUCCAAAGCACCAUACUCCUAAUAAACCAUAGUGUCUGAUAUUAAGUAGGAGAUGUGACAGGCAGUUUAGACAUAAGGUAUAGGAGCAGAAUUAGGCCAUUCAGUCCAUCGAGUCUGCUCUGCUAUUUCAUCAUUGCUGAUCCAUUUUUCCUCUGAGCCCCAAAGGUGUAUAAGGUCCCAAAUGUAGUCUUUCUCUUAGGCAGUCUCUUGGGCUAAGGCUGGUUGGCUCUCACCCACUCUUGUGGUGUGGAAGUUGCCCACUUGGGAGCUUUUGAGGUGUAUGUGUGUGGGUAGAAGGGAGGAACGGGGUUUGAUUUUUGUUUUGUUGCUUGUUCUGUGUUGCACUGCCAAGCUUUGUGGGCAUCGGAAUGUGUGGCGGCACUUGUGGGCUGCCCCCAGCACAUCCUCAGGUGUGUUGGUUGUUGAUGCAAGUGGCACAGUUCACUGUGUAUUUCAGUGUAGACAUGACAAAUAAACUUGAAUCUUGAUCUUGGGGUGGUGGUAAACACUGGCCACCAUGUGGACUUGCCAGAGGGAAUUGCAGAAUGCCCUAGCCAAAUGGAAGUCAGGCUCUGCUGCAUAAACUUAGCGCAGGCAUGCAUUUGGUUGAAUGGACACACACAGUGUUGGGCACAACACGUGAACUUGCUCAUGACAUCUCACAGGCUCCCCCUCCUCAUAUCCCUCCCUCACUCCCCACUCAACAAAACUCCCCAGCUGCAGUCAGCUUUCUCCCAGCCAGGAUGCGACUACUGCCUGUCUACCUCCUCACAGCUGCCCCGCUUCCCCCUCUCUCCUGUUCCUCAUUCAGAAUAACUGAGGGUUCUUUGACAUCCACCUGGGAGGUCAGAAGGGACCCCGGUUACGGCCUUAUUCAAAAGCCUUCAACCAUGUGGUACCUGAGAGCUGGCCAAGAAAGAUGGCCAUCGAUGAACCUCAGCCUUGACUCAGAGGUCAGUUGGGUUCUAUGUGAUUUGUUUUAUAAAAGCAAUCAAACAUAAGGCAGCAUGACAUCUUGAAUAGGAGAGCUGGUGUCAGAUCAGUCCGUAUAAAAGCAAUGGGAAUGGACAAAACAAAAGAUCUCCAUGAUCCUGGGUUAGAGUUCUGAACCUGAUCAGUUUAAGUGCCACAGUUGGCAGUUUGAUGAAUGAAAUAAAAUCGAUAUAAAUGACCACAAUGAGGUGGAUUGUGGCUUAAGAUGACCCAGAUUGGUGGUAGUGAACCUCAGCUUCUGUGUGGUAUACAUUAGACCUCAGACUCAGCAACAUGGGUGAGAAGGCAGGAAUGGGGUACUGAUUGUGGAUGGUCAGCCAUGGUCACAGUGAAUGGCAACGUGGAAAUGUUUGGCCCAUCAACUCCGCAUUGACCAUCAGAUAAUCCUAUAUUAAUCCAAUCUUUUAAUUCUCCCUACAUCUGCAUCCACUGCCCCACCCCAGAUUCCACUACUCACUAAGCCAGGGGAAAUUUGCAGUGGCCAGUUGACUCACUGACCUUCAAGUCUUUGGGGGAGAGAAGAAGCCCAGAGCAUCUUGAGAAAAGCCACAGAGUACAAACUGUGCAGUCAGGACUAGACCAGGGUUUCUGGAGUUGUGAGCCAGCUGCUCUACAAGCUGCACCUCUCUGUUGCAGUGUCACUGUGGAAAGGUUCAGUGUCUGCUGACCAAUGUGUAUAGAUAAUUUCUGGCAAAUUAUUGGGGUGUGAGGUGCAUUUGCAGUAUUCCCAGUUUCCCGUUGGAAAAACUAACAGAUCUACGCUAUGUCUUGCAAAGCUAUUGGUGAAACCUCAAGCACCAAACUACUCUUUUGUGACCACUUAAAAUAGAAUUUGGAGAAAUUGCUUCUCAGCUGCUUAAGAUAAUCAGUGGGAUAUCAGGCACAAGGGGGAAAGUGGUCUGCUUCAGCUUUAUCUUUAUGUCCUUUACGCUCCUAUCUUUCUGACAUUUCAUCAGACCUCCACCUUUAGUCUCAGUCACAAGACGCUCUCAAAUUUUAUACGAAUUUUAUGCCUCCAAUCAGGAAGUAUAAGUGUCAGGCAUACUCCUUGGUAGCAUGAGCUUCAGGGCUCUAUUCAGUGCAGCUUGCAAGUUGCCUCCUGGGAGUCUGCACAUUCUCUCUGUGACCCCAUGUGUUUCCCCAACUAAUGCAGGGCAGUGUUGGCAGACUGAAAGGGUCAUUCACUUGGGGCAGAGGUGAGAACAAAUUUAUAGGGCGUGAGAUCUUAGAAAUACUUCACCUAACUUGACCGUGGAAGGGCUCCAUCAACGACAAUAUCCAAGACAGAUCGAUAGAUGUUUUGAGAUUGAGGAAAUUAGUGCAUGUGAGGUUUUGCAGGAAAGGUGCACUAAGGGAAAUUAAAUUAGCUGUGAGCUUACUGAAUGGGGCUGAAUAAUUUGCUCCUUCAUUAAUUUCCUUUACAGUACACAGCCCAUGUCUUUCACAUGGUCAACUGUCUCUGACCCCAUCUCUAAGGUUUAUCUGCAAUCACGCCAGUUAACUUGAUGUCAGAGUUACAUCAUUAUCUGUACCCCUUUUGAUGUGAUCUUUGUCUCAGUCCCAUGUGUGUGUUCACCACUUUUAACUUGUGUAUGGUCUGAGUGUGUGUCUAUGUGCAUGUCUGUGUGUUUUGCUGGUUUACACAGAACAGUAAAUGCUCUCUAAGCCUUCCAUAGCUGGAAGCCAGUUGGUAGCACUUCCCAAGGUAGAAGAUUAUGGGUUCAAGAACCCCAGUCUCAAGAAUAUAAAAUCUAAGAUCCAGCACAGUUCUGCAUAGACACGCUGUGCUUUAGAAUAGCUGUUAAUGAAAUGCCCUUUAGCUAGACGUGAAAGAUCCUCUGCUGGGUAGUCCUGCCCGUGACAAGGCCAAUAUUUAUCCCCCAAAUAUGAAGAAAUAUUCAGUCACUCAACUUCUUCUUUUGGAGGUACCUUUAUUUAUUUUGCGGAUGCAAGCUGCCUUCAAAAGUUUUAGAGGCAACCUGCAUCCACAGAGUGAAUGAAGAUAUGUUGGAUAGUGUGUUUUAUAAAUCUUGGCGCAAUGGCACACAAUCAGAGCUACACAGAGACUCACUGAAUUGUUCAGUUGCACUGUAUUUUAUUCAUCCGGACCACAGCCUAUCAGUUUUGAGGCAAUGGAGUUUAAUGCAGCAACUACAUUAUUUUCUAAGGUAUUUCUUUGUUCUGCUUCUUGAAUAAUGCUCCAAAAUAUAUUUAAGAUUAAAUGGCUCUUUUUUGUUUCAUUAAUACUUACCCUGUAUUGCACGAAACGUCUUCAUGAAUGAUGUAAAUUAUUUCGAAUAACCAAUGUAAAUAAUUCUAAGUAUUUCUAGCUAAAUACGGGUUUGUUGCAAGUCUAUUUAUACCUGGACAAUCUCUUGGAUCAUAAUUCAAACCUGCAAUUUGUACAUAGCAGGUGAACAUGUCCACAGCUCCUUCAUUGAGCGUACAAGUUAACAUCCACUUUUCCUGUCAUCCCAUCAUAAUCAUUUAUAUAGUUUAAAACUUUGUAUGUAUUAUAUUUUGCAAAAGUCUUAAGAUUUUAUAAAGAGAAAUGCAAAGUAGGUAUUUAUGAAAAACAUUUCUGUCUUCUAUUUUUUGUUCUUUGUUUUAGGGGAAAAAUAAAAUCGGAGUUGAUGAAAAUUUGAUUGAUAU